GGCGGGGAAAUAGAUUGGCGAAUGCCAUCAUGGAUCGAUGACUUCACGAGCUCUCAUGCCUCAUUCCCCAGAUUUCACGAUUAACACCCAAAUUUCAAAAUGAAGCUUUCACCACGCUUGUUAAUGGCGUCGCCUUCUGCAGCAGGUACCGGAAAGGCAUUCAGACCUGCGCCUAUGGCAUUAUUGCCACCAAUUCCUUUGUAUAGAAGGUUGUUUAGAGCGCAUAGGAAACAUUUACCGAGAGAGAUGAGGUUACUGGGGGAUGAGUAUAUUAAGAGCGAGUUCAGACAACACAGGGAGGUGGAGAAUCCGGUGCACAUUAUCGGCUUCUUAACGGAGUGGCAGAUGUACGCACAGAAACUGGAGGGAGAAAGUUGGAUUGGAGAGCGUAUGGACAAGGAGAAGAUUGACAAGAUGAGUGAUCAACAAUUAGGGCAACUGUAUGAGCUCAUGCAAGCAAUACGAAAGAAGCAAGUAGAGGAAAGUGGAGAGGAGAACCCGGGGCCUGAACAGUUAUAAAGCUAUAAAUGAUCGGACUUGUAUGAUAUGUACAUAUUUACAUGGGAUGUGCGGAGUUUGGAAUGGGAUAUUGCACCGGAGGACUAGCGCUACUUCUCAAUGGAUGAAUGAGAUAUACCCAUACGUACAUAAUGACUCUCGUCUGAGAAAAUGCGAUGGCAAUAUGAGUAUCA